AUGACGGGGAAAUCUACGACCACAGCUCUCCAGUUCUUUCUGAACCCAGUUUAUACGGCAUGGAGUACAGCCCCAAAGAAUUAUAUCUCAAUUCUGAUCAUCGAUAUUAAAGGCGCCUACGACAGAGUGGACCGCGAAAAGCUACUCGAGAUUCUAAUUGACUUUGCUUCCAAGUCUGACCCCGAAGCGAUGACCCAGAAGCGAUAUUGGAUCAACAUUGGCAUUCCACAGGGCAGUCCUCUAUCCCCGAUUUUGUUCCUAUUCUACACUGCACCCCUGCUCCGCAUGGUGUCGGAACAGGCCUGGGGGUCCAAGGCUUCAAGUUGCCUCAAGUCUGUGCAAUUCUACUGUUUUGCAUUUGUCGACGACACUUACAUCAUGGUUGUGUCUUCAUCCUAUCGAACCAACUGCAGAGCUUUGGAGUUUGCUCACGAGGAGAUUCUUAGAUGGGCGAAACCCAUGGAUGUUACAUUUUCGACUGGGAAGUACCACUUGAUGCAUUUCAAGGCGACCCUGACUGCAGACUUACUGUCAGUAUUGAAGGGCCCCAACAUUAGAAAAUUUGCCCCAUCGUCUCGACCCUCACUUAGCCAAAAUACCAGUAAUGAUGACCGACUACUGAUUGACGGCCCUGUCAACGAACAGACGUCACUAUCACUUGACUCAUCAACGAUGAAGAAGUCAAUAGCAUGCGGCGCAUGUCGCUCCUCCAAGCGCAAAUGCAUCCACUCAGGCGGUCCGCCCUGCACGCGCUGUCGCGACCGCGGCGACGAGUGCGUCUUCCCGCCCAAGGGCACAUCCUUCAUCUUCCGCCGGAGCCGUCUCGAGCGUCACCGGGAUGAAGUCGGUUCCGGUGCUGGCAGCCGGGCUGACUCGGAGCUCAUCCGGGCCGGGAACCUAGCCACCACGGACCCGUUCGGCUUCCUGACGGAUGAGGUCAAGAACAGUUAUCUGCGGUGCUCGUACAAGUGGUCGUUCCACCAUAUUCCGAAUCUUCUCAUUGCUAUUCGCGAGAGGAGGUUGGAUCCCUUGCUGGUCUGGGCGAUGCUGGCUAUCACUGUGAGGUUCUCGCAGGCUGCGCCGCCGGGGUAUGCGACGCAGGUUGAAGCGAGCAAUACAUUCGCUGCUCAUGCACGGUCUCUUGUUCUGUCACUCGUAGAUCAACCUACCGUCCAUCGCGCGCAGGUUCUUCUCAUGCUGACUGGACAUUCCUGGGGCGCUGGUGAGGGUCGAAGGGCAUGGGUUUAUCUCGGCAUGGCGGUGCGCAUGGCACAAGUCCUCGGUCUUUUCGAAGAACCGCCACCAGCGACAACACGAGAAGACUUUAUCGAAGCUGAAGAGAGGCGCCGCACUGCCUGGACAUGUUUCCUGAUGGACAGUCUUCUCAGCGGAGGAAAGGGUCGCGAUAGGAUGCUGUCGGGUGAUAAGAUGCGGAUCCAGCUCCCGUGUGAGUCGGAUAGCUUCAACUUUGGCCAGAUUGUGCUGUGCGAAAGACUCGAUGGCUCAAUGCCGGAUGGGGCGAUGGGUACUGUGCACGGCAGUCUAGGCAUUGUAGCCAACAGCAUGCGUGUCGCUGAUGUCUGGGGCGCCGUCGCCAAAUGGGCUUGUACACGGCACGACAACACUGUACCGCCAUGGCAGCCUCAAUCCGAGUUCCAGAUGCUUCUGUCCCGGCUUAAACUCUGGAAGAACUCACUACCUGAGCGAUUACGAUACGAGCUCUUCCUCCUGCGAGCGCACAGUGUGUCCAAUCAAGGUCAGGCAUACUGCUACAUGCACUGCAUUUACUUCAUGAGCGUCAUCUUCCUCUACCGGUCUUAUCUCCCCGAGGUAGAGAUGCAAAAGGCCAGAGUCGGCGAUAAGGAUUGGGACCAAUGGUCAACGUGGUCAAGCAAAGAACUCGAGAAGGUCGCUGAGCAGGUGUGCGACAUGCUGCAGGAGAUACGCGCAUUUGGCCUGUACUUCCUACGCGGUCUUGUUCCAUGGAUUGGCUUCACCAUUUACACAGCAGUCGGAACGAUGCUAUACUUUUAUCACUUCCCAAAUCCUGGCGACACGGCGCAUCAAGUUGAGAAGCGAAGGGAGCAUAUCGUCGAGGGUCUCUUGUUCCUCAAAGACAUGCGACAAGCUUGGCCGAUGGCUGACACCUGGCGCGAGAAGAUCAAGGCGAUGCAGAUAUUCUACAGCAACAUCAAGGCCGACGGCGAUCUCGCAGUAACACCCAGUGAAAGACGAGAAAUGCGCAACGCAAUCAUCGACUACGGCGCUCUCCAGCCCGAUCCCGUUCGUCAACCCGACGCCGAAAGCACCGAUGAACAAAGCGCUACAGAUGGCGAGAACGACCAGGCCUCGUCAAACGUCGACUUUUCCUUCAUCGCGCCCGCAGACAUUGACCUAUUCGACACAGACUUUGCAUUCGGCAGCAACAUGUACGCGACGUUCGCCGACGCAACGCAGGGCUUCUGGGAGAGCUUCCCCGGAAGUAUGGACAUCACGGGCGACAUGGUCAUGGAGAACUGA